UGGCGUCAUCAGUGCAGUUAAGGACAAGCCAGUGCAGCGCUGACUGCGAUACCUCCAGAGGUCCGCUUGCAAUUGUUAAUAGGUUACAAGCACAUUAAUAUUAACGAAAGAAAUGUUCGCGCACAUAAUUGCGCCCGAUCGCAUGUAAGCUAAAGCAAAAAGAAAGAAAAGGCAGGCGGGUAUUUGGGAUUGCAGUUGCUUCGGCAGAGGUUACGGACUCGGUAGCAUGUAACACGACCCCAGCAGCAGCUCUGAGGGGCAGAGCCUGGAUGCAGCGCAGGGAACUUCACAGUGGGGCAGAGAGCUGCGGAGCCCGGAGCGAUCAAUGGAGAGACCGAACAGCAUCGGCAGCCGCCGGCGAAAAGAAGACCUAAGUCGCCGUUAAUAUAUUCCCCAUCAAUACAUUUAACUGGAAGGUAUGGGAGCUACGGCUGCGCAUCAGCUUUCAAGCCCUUUGUCGUCGGAGAAUUAGGGCGAUCCCCUUUUGCAGAAGCUUUUUUUUUUUAACUAGAUGAUAAAUGUUUCUUUUAUUGAAAAAGAGAAGUGACAAUAAUGUUUCAGCGUUGGCGCCCGCAUUGAUACCAUCAGUUCAAGGAUUUGCAUCCUAGAAAACUCCACGCAGGACUGACGCGUUUUGGCUUGGUGGGUGGGUAGCUGGGGGAGGGGAUGGAGGUUGGAUUGGGGGCAUCGUGAAUACAGAGAGCGCUCGCCCAUUUAGCUACUUACUAUGCUUUUUAUUUACAGCGAAAUCGGCCGAUUAAUUUCGUUUAAGGAAAAAUGAACUCCUUACUUUUUUCUGAGUUGUCUGGUAUCGUUGCGGUCCCGGCUGUGGGAGCCUCUAUUCCUUCUGGGGCCACCGGCACUGGGACUGCGGUGACUGCUGCUCUGCGGAACGACUUGGGCUCCAACAUCCAUGUUUUGAAGACCUUGAACCUGCGGUUCCGCUGCUUCCUGGCCAAGGUGCAUGAGCUGGAGCGCAGGAACAAAUUGCUGGAGAAUCAAUUGCUGCAAGCCGCGGAGCAGAGCCGCUACCGAUCGCUUUAUACCCGCGACCAGGCGGUGCAGACGGACUGCUUUCAUCCUGAACAGCCGGUACCGGGGCCUCACCUUCAAUCACGGCUACCCGGCACCAUCUGGAGUUUCACGCACGUUAGGAAAUACGGGGAGAGAUUCGAGACGCUCAAGGGUCCCGGCGUCUCCUGGACGCACCCGGACGGUGUCGGGGUUCAGAUCGACACCAUCACCCCUGAAUUAAGGGCGCUGUACAACGUGCUGGCCAAAGUAAAACGGGAACGAGACGAGUACAGGAAGAAAUGGGAGGAGGAGCUCUCCAGAUGCCAGCAGAUGGAGUCCAUGAUGGAGGCCCUGCAGGCGAGUGCCCAGGAGUCAGAGGUCAUUCAGGAGGAGCUGAAAGAGAAGGUGGAGAGAUUGAAGGCUGAGCUGGUGGUCUUCAGAAGUCUGGUGUCGGAUCAAAUGUCGGAGUUGGACACCAAGAUCCAGGAGAAAGCCAUGAAAGUGGACAUGGACAUCUGCCGGCGCAUCGACAUCACGGCCAAGCUGUGCGACGUGGCACAGCAGCGCAACUCGGAGGACAUGUCCAGGAUGCUCGGUGUCAGUGGCUGUAAAGGAAAGUCCGAUCAGAACAAGGGCACCAUGACCUACAGGAAGAAGGACCGCAAGGCCGUGUGGGAGGACGACAGCUCCGAGAUGGACGGCGACCCCAGCACCUCCGAGGAGGAGGCCCCAGGAUCGCUCAACAUCACGGACGAGAUGAAACGGGUGCUCAACCAGCUGAGGGAGACGUUCGACUUUGACGACGACUGCGACAGCCUGACGUGGGAGGAAAACGAGGAAACCCUCCUUCUGUGGGAGGACUUCGCUAACUACAACACCCCCGCGGCCGUGGCGGCCAGCGCUGACUCCCAGGGGGACAGUCUGGAGCCUGACUCUCAGGAUGGAAGCUUGAGGAACCUCAUAGAUGAGACAGAGUCGCUCUUCAAGAGCAGAGAGCAGGAAUACCAGCAGACGAUUGGGGAGAUCGAGAUGGAGCUGGCGUCGGCCAAGAACGACAUGAACCGGCACCUGCAUGAGUACAUGGAGAUGUGCAGCAUGAAGCGUGGCCUGGAUGUGCAGAUGGAGACGUGCAGGCGACUGAUUAAGUGCUCUGGAGGCACCGGCAGAAAUUCCCCGUCUUUCAGUUCGGCGGCCAGCAGCGACUCAGGGAACAUGGACGAGAUCCAGGACGACCUGGAAAAGGACAGAGAAGGAGAGGGCCUCGUCAGCUGAUGAAGACUACGGCCUCUGUCGUCUGCCGGCUGACCCCAACAGACUAAAGGGAAACGAUCAGAGGAGUGGGGAAUGCACACACACACACACACACACGCACACACACACACACACACGCUCGAAAGCUGUGUUCCUCUCUCAUCAGCGGGACCCUCACAUUGGGGGCUGACUCCCACACCGUGAGUAUUGGUGCUUAACGUCUCCCUCUCCCCCCGUGUGGGUAAUGGGCGGCUCUUCCUCGACUUCCUGAGCAUAAAACUACACGGACGCAGCAUCUGUUAGUGUUAUCUGUGCCCCCCCCCGUGCUGUCACUGCCGGGUCCCCACUUCCUGCUGCUUCUGUGCCUGCAAUCCCAUGAGCCUCCGGGGCACCGCUCACAGACCUCCCCACCCCCGCCCCCCCCGGAGUUGGGCCGGAGGUGACUUCGGCUGUUUGAGAUGCCCCAGGGAACCACAGAUGAGCCCCCCAGGACAGAUGUCGGCAGCUGGAGAGGUGAUUAGAGAUGCGAUAGGGAGGAACACAGCUAUCCGAAACGUCCCAGGAUGCCGCUUUACGCGGCGGACAGACCCAUUGCCACCGGACAGUUUGUACCUCACGCCUGCCAACGUUUGCCAGAGUUCAGAUCUGUAAGAAAGGGCCCAGCUGCCUAGAGUCAUAUAGGAGAUUAGGGGGAGAUUACAGGAGGUGACUGAGAGCGUUGUGACACACACAAGGAGCCGGGAAGUGCCCCCCUGCCCACCCCAAGAGCCCCCGGAGCGCUAAAUCCGGCCAGUGGGCAGCGCGCUGGGACCAGCGGGGAUCAGCGGUGCCUCAGGUGAUUAGCGCGGCCUUGCUGAAGUGCUUGUAAACACUGUGUUUCACAUACUAUGCAAUAAGCCUAUUUUGGACUAAACCUUAAUCACUAUUAUUUGCCUUAUUAUGUUGCUGGGCAGGAAACAUGCUUCUGUAAAUAAGAUUUAGUUCAAUUCAUUUUUUUGAUCAGAGGUGCACAAUGUUUACUUAUUUAGGUAAAACAGAACAAAAAAGGGAGCAAAGUCCACAGGAAUAUUUAACAGCGAUGUAUUUAUUUCCCAGUAUAAAACCACGUGCCUACUGAUGUUGUGUACAGUCUGAUUUAAUUGCCUUAUUCCAUGUUUUCAGUUAUGUUAAUUGUACAUAGUUUUAAUACGUUUUAAAUACAGAAUGUUGUGGAACUGAAAAUGGCCAGCUGAGUUUUAAUAUUCAUGGGCACUCUUUAAAGAGUGAAUUUAGUUCAAAUUAAUUUAAAUUAGUAAAGUCAUGGACCACAUGAUUUAUAUAAACAGUACCCGAGGUGUGACUUAGGAAUCUUUCUGCUCAUCUCAGACUUGAUAAAAUGUGUUACACAAACAUGGGCAAUAUGUUGAAUGUUUGAACUUCUCCAACAAACUGUCUUACACCAAUAUCCCCAUCUUUCCUUUGUUUUUGAAGAUAUCUGUCAUGUGUUUUUAUCCCUGACCAGUCUAAAAUCACUAAUAGUGAUUUGUACUGCUGAGUAGAUCACUAAUCCCUCAUUGGCUCAGUCUGCUAAUGAUAUUCUGAGCUCAUUGGCUGAAAGCAUGAGCUAAUUAGUUUAACUCGCUCAUGUGAAAUGCAAUCAUUAUUAAAAGGUAGCUUUUUCUUUGUAUUUUUUUCUGUUGUACUGUUUUCCAAAUUUUGAAAUUCUAUAUUUUACAUCCAUUGUAUAUAUUGUUUUCUUUUUUAUCAAAUCAUGCCUGAAAGGUCUGUUAUUAUUCAAAACAUAUUUCAAACAGGCUUUUUGUUAUUGUAAUGGGUUGUGCAUUGACUAAUCUUUCAAUAGAAUACAAUAGUAGCCAAAAAAGGAAGGCGUAACAGACUGUAUUUUUUUUAAUUUACCGGAUACAGCUUUGCGUAGCCUCUAAUACCCACUGCAUUUCUGAUCAAACUUCAUUACACUCUGAAUUUAAUAAGGGCUGUGAUAUCUGCCACAUGUGUACUGUACCAUUUACUACACAACGCCAGAUUUUCUGCAGUGGAGGGGCAUUUAAAGACAUUGAUCAGUAACAUCAGCUGCUCCAUGUAAAGACUUACUGGGGACCAGUGCCCCCAGCAAUGGUAUGAGAAAGACCUAUGUCAUCGGCCUAUCACACUUCAGAGCUUCUGCAAAGCCACAGCAGUGGGAACGCCUCAGCAGGCUGCCUCAUUGCUGCCCCCUGCAGGUCUGCUGUGCAUCUGCACAUCCGUGGUAGUUUAGCUGAGAGCAGUGUGUGGCCAGUGGCCUGUACUACAAAGCGGGGCUGCUGGCUUAUCGGGGUAACUUGUCGGAUUUAAGGUACCACAGUUUAAAUGGACUUCAUAUUCGUUCACUUACAUUUUGCCCAGACUACCUUAAAUCUGACAAGUUACCCCGAUAACCCAGUAACCCCGCUUCGUAGUACAGGCCCCUGAAUUCUUUGGGCAGAUGUCAGGGACUCGCGUGAAAACUGAAAAUGAUGUAGGUUGGGGGUAUUAGGAAGAUUCCAGAAUAAGCGACUACACGUGUUCGUGAUUCUGUAGGGGGACCGGGAUGCUUUCUGGGACGCAGAGAUUAGUUCUGCAUAUGGGAUUUAAUCCUGUGCUCAAAUCACUUGUGACACAGUAGAAGUGUCACACUGACACUGUUAAUUCUAGACUUGACAGUAUAGCAGUCAUUCAUGUACUGCUGCCAUUUUCCUAGGCAUACUAUUGAAAAAAAUAAUUUUAUUGUAAUAUGCAUUUAAAAGAAAACCACUUUAGAUACAAUAAGAACAAUUAAGUACAAUUUAUAAUUCUGAUGAUUCACGUGCCAAGAAACAUUCAUGGGGCACCUAGAAAUGUAAUAUAGCCUACAAUAACAAUUGGGGAAAAUAAUUUGAAUCCGUCCAUUAUAAAGUACAAAGUACUUUGGGUCCUUUCUCAAAAACUUUUAGGGUUUUUGCAUUUUAUCCGCAUUUCAGUUAUAUUAAUUUGCAUAUAUAUCAUUUAUUUUAUUUUGGUUUUUUUUUUUUAAGAAGAGGGGUCCUGGUCAUUAUGUACUUACUCCACAGUUCUAACUGAAAAAAUAACACGCAGGACAAUCUGUUUCUCUUUCCUGUAAAGUUAAAAGCACGUCAGUGAAAAUACAUGUGAGGAAAAAAAAGGGUGCUUUUAUAAAAGCUUGGAGAGCCGCAGCUUCUAAUCCUCAGAUUCUGAUUAUAUACUUUGUUGGCAAUUGGUCAUAUGCGGGCGAAGACAUCACCGUUUAAUUUUAUUCGAUAAUUUUUCAAUGUCAAAACCCUCCCUGAAAAUUAUGCCCCCCAUAACCAGCAUUAAUAACUAUGAUUAAUUUUGAGCCAAGGUUAGAUGCAUGUGAAAUAUGUUAUUUAAAUGUUUUUUUUCUUCGUGUUUUUCGGAACUGCAGUCUUCCUGUUUCCGUCAGAUUCGUUUGGGAAUGAAUAGCUGUGUAUGCAUGUUAGAAAUGUACCAGUAGGGGGCGAUAGAACAAAGCAAAUUACUUUCAGUGCUGAACCAAGAAGACAUUCGCAAACGUCACCAGCUUCUGUUAUCAGUGUAGCUUUUUUACAAGGCAAUCUUUUUUAUAAGAAUGGAAAGAAAUUCAAAAAUGUUUUAGUUUUAAUGUAAAGAACCACAAGAGCAAUCAAGAAAAUUAUAUUUGUAACAGAAAUAAAACACAACAACAAAAUGGGAACGGUAUACGCUGUAUGUACGCUUUUUUUCCUAGCUGGUUUUGUAAGACAUUAUGAUAAUUAUCACAAGUUGUUGCUUAAUUUUAUGAAUCUGUCUUCUUCCAUACACACGUUUUUUUACACUGUACCUUCGCAUCCCAGCGUGGGGCAGAGCGGCGUGCGGCCGUGCGCCUGCGGCGUUUCGGGCUACCGCAGGAUGGCCGCACCUCCCGCUACUCUCACAUGCUGCUGUAUCUCAUCUCCCUACGUCUGAUGACCUCUGCUGUCAGAGCCCACAGUCUACAAAAGCCAUGACUUAUUCGCAGAGGCAACAUAAAAGAAGCAAACUUCUAUGUCUUUUACUUCAUAAUGAAGUAUCUAUGCUACUUUCUGCUGGCUUAACUGUAUUGUCUCAUAUACAGACUUAUCUCUUGUACUUUUGGGUAGCAUGAAAGAGGACGCUCUUUCCCAAAGGUCUCUUGUGUAGUUUGAGGUUUUCUGUAUACUGUAUACCGUACUGGCCUUAUCGUCGGGUUGUAUGUCUGUGUCUCAUUAGCCGAAUGCUAGGUGUGCGCCAUUCUGUACAGUGGGUGUAACCAAAGUUCCGGUUGGGGUCUUUGCUGCAAUGCUGCCUGCCCUUACCGGCCCCUUGCCCCCCGCCACGGCGUCGGGGCGCACUGUUGAUCGCUCCCAAGGCCCCCGCAAACGAAUUCUUAUUUUACAGGGUGGUUUGGGGAAACUCAUUUAUAUUCAUUAGAUAAGUUAUCUGAUUAACCGGUGAACGUGACACCAUUGAUAUGUGCUGCCUGUUUUUUUCAGGGUGGUCUGGGAAACUCAUUAAUAUUCAUCAGAGAAGCUACCUGAUUGGCAGAUGAUCUCUGUUACAGACAUUCAUUGGCCAAUCAGGUAGUGCUUCUGUUAUGAAUAUUAAUGAGCUUUCCAGACCCAUCCUAUGACGUGAAAUAUACCCCCUGCAGUCUCUGCAUGUCAUUCCAGUUCCGGGUUCCUGGUAAUGUGGGGCAGGUCUGUCCCUCCAUUUGCAUUUUGCAGCGAGUGAAUUGGAUUAAAUGUUGCUGUCCUGACAGCUGUGGUCAGGGCCUCCACAUCUAGCCUGAGAGGUUUGCCUAAGGCUUUGUAGAAACACAUCAGCCUUGAGUAGACCCCCCCCUCAGGUGACAGAUUAAACGCCACAGUCCCCGUUACUGUCUAACCCUGGGUGCUGUAGCCAUUUUAAUGUUUUGUUUUUGUUAGUCUGCUGUAUGCCACCCCUUUCUUUCUCUAAGUCCAUUAUUUAGAAAUGUGUUCUCUUUUAAACAUAAAGUAUAACUGCGUUUGCAUUAUUUGUUUUUAAUUUUUUAUGCAUUUUACAAUAACGUCUGUUUGCCUUAUCUACAGUAUACAGUUGGCAUCGGUAUCAAGUGAUUGCAGCUGGUUUCCGAUUUAUUCGUAGCCUUUGUGUAAUAUGAAUAGUUUUGAUAAAGCAAUAAGGAAGCGCCUUUGUUACUUUGGCAAAUUUAUAUUGUUGUCCUUGCAACAAUACUGAAAGGCAUGUUUUAGAUGAUGGGCAAAUGUAUAUUAGGAGUCUGGACAGUCAUUUCCAGAAAGUCAUAAACUUCAAAAUGACUAACAAAGAUCAUAUUCCGCUUAUGUUUUAGAUGCCUCACUUUGGUUAACUUUGAAUCUAUCAAUAUGGCACAAAUCCAUCAAAACUACUGCCUAACUAAACUGAGUCAGAAUACUGAAUUGGAUACCCUAUACAAUAAAAGAAGGAUAUUAAUAAAUUAAAGAAGCCAGUCUGUAGUUCGGUGAAAUAGUUUGUUUGUAAAGGGGUUUAUGAUUUCAAUGUGGGUUUGAGAAAAAAAAAAUAAUAAAAAUAUGAUCAACUGUGAA